AAAGAAGCCGACAGUGUCGAAUCAACAAACAGGCUGCUUAGCAGCGUUAGCUAUAGUCCUUAUCUGUUGGCUCUUGUUGGCCCGCAGCUGGCUGCUCGUCCCUUUAACUUUUUGGGAAAACAAUUUUAACAACACCAAGAGUUGGUUAACGCUGUCGGAUAGAUUUGCUUUGCAACAAGAGUAUUUUAAACCACCUUCCACAAGUUGAAGUUAUGGCGUGUGGAGCCACCCUAAAACGGACCAUGGAUUUCGAUCCGCUCAUGAGUCCUGCUUCACCUAAAAGACGAAGAUGUGUCCCCGUGCCCCCUUCGUCUUCCUCCCCGAGGAAGUACCUCAGCAUGGAGCCCUCACCGUUUGGACAGUCGUCGUCCAGACUUAGCGCAGAACAAAUCCUCAACAGCAUCAAACAAGAGUACAAACGCAUUCAUAAGAGGAAGCAUCUAGAUGGAGGCAUCCAACAAUCAGAGUGCUGCUAUUCUCCAGAGUCCCCUUCCCAAGCGUCUACCAUGAAUGUUUCCAGCAUGCCAGGGACAUCCUCGGGAGGCGUUUCUCCAACCAGAAAAGAACAACCUCUCUUCACUCUGAGACAAGUUGGGAUGAUUUGUGAGCGCCUGCUGAAAGAAAGGGAAGAGAAGGUGCGAGAGGAGUAUGAGGAGACCAUGACUUCAAAGUUGGCAGAACAAUACGACACCUUUGUGAAAUUUACACACGAUCAGUUAAUGCGACGAUUCGGAGAGCAGCCGGCGAGCUAUGUUUCCUGAGUGUGGCACCGACGCUUUGCAGGAAGCGAGCUCGUCAUGAUGCUUCUUAAGAGUUCCUCGUUGGGAGAGAUUUGAUUUUAGCUAGUUUAAAUGAAACUUUUUACCGUGCCAUACGUCUGUUGGGCAAAACAAGGUUUGAAUGAAGCUGUUGUUGGCAGUGUGUUGUAAGCAGCCGUGUCCUUCCUGAUGUAAAUGAGCGGCCCCCGUCUCCACCAGUGGCCUCUGUCCCUCCAGCUAUCUUACUUUUGUAAUGACUCCCAGCAUUCCAGACUUGUUGCAUGUAAAUAUGAGGAAAUCUCUAACAUUUUAUAGGAUUUGCUGGUCAAUCUGAAAGGGAGUGCAAGAACUUUAGUGAUUUUCUUUUUUUUAAUAGGCAUAAAGUGAGGGCUAAUUUUUUUUUAAUUAGAUUUCCACCCCUUACUGAUAUCUCUUAAGAAAAUCAGGGACAUUUGAUUUUUAUUUACAGAAAAACUGUGCGUUUGAGUCCAACUUAGCACAAAAACCACAGAUUUAUGUUUUUUUUCCCCCCUUGAAGAUUAGAUCAACAGCCUCCCCAUGUGAGUCGAGCCACAUGGUCGGUCUUCUGCUUCGUGGACUUGAUGAAGCCCAGAAACUCCAGCUCAGCCACGGCGCGGAUGAAACGAGCGCUGAAAGGAAAAGUUGAGGAAAAACAAAUUUUAAAUCUUUUUGUCUGAUUUCCAUGAAAUCAGUCUGAUCACAUCUGCUGUCAAGGACUGUUACAUUUUCUAGGGGCAAAAAGUAAAAUGACAUAAUUGCUUCGUGUGCGUGUGUGUGUGUAACCCUUCAACAUGUGAAACAAGUGAAUUCCCUGAAGUGUCACUAUGUUUCCCUUCUUGUUUGAAUAAAAACUUCAGCUGCUCAA